AUGGGGAAUCGACCCUCCGCUGGAAUUGAGUACAAUUCAACCGCCGAGGACAUUUUGGCAGAAACCGCCAUGAAAGAGGCCGCAGAAAACAGGAACAGGUUUUACUGGGCCACACAGCUUGGAAACCAUGAUUUUCGUAUGCUAAAGGUGCUUCCUUCCGGAGACUUUGACAGUUUGGUUGAGUGCAAUAUUGAAGUUUGGCAUCUUAAAACCAUUAUUGACACAUCACCCGCUUAUAAAGCCGUGUCCAGUCGUUGGAGCGAUCAUGAAAAAUCCAUUGGAGAGGUCAUCUUGCGUUCUGGAUCCCUGGUACGUCGGCAACCCGUCCUAGGCCGCGUGGAAGAUAUUCUUCGUCGAAUUAGGAACACGACCGAGCCCGUAUAUGUAUGGAUUGGCGUGUUAUGUAUCAUGAAUGGCACGGAAGAGCCCGCCAUGCAGAAUCUACUACCGUUAAUUUUCCGAAGAGCGAAUGAGACUGUAAUAUGGCUGGGGAAGAUGCGGCCGACGAGAAGCGGCGACGAGAGAAGCUUAGCUUUUGAUUUCGUACCCAAUCUAUGUCGACUGGAGAGUAUCACCGUUUUGCAGACCCCAAGCAAAAUAAAGCGACACUGGAACGGAUUCGUUGACCUAUUGCGUCUACCAUACUUUAGCCGCAGAUGGGUGUUCCUCGAAAUUAUCUUAUCCACGCACCCCGUUCUAUAUUAUGGAGAUAAACGUAUCAACUGGAUGGACUUUUGUGAUGCCGUCAUCUUGCUUGGCUCUCAAUUCGAAGAUGUUGAGUCAUUCCUUCUUCGGAAGACCCUCGGUUACGUUGGUUUUGAAUAUGACCUAUAUGUCGGCCUAUUUCUGAAGGACCUGCGUGCCCUGCCGGCUUAUUCCGUAGUGAAAACAUCCCGGGAGCUUUUCGAAAAGGAGGUCAAUGGGACCUUCUAUCCAAGGACUCAAUGUAGCCUGGAAUCUUUAGUAUCAAUGUUACCCGCUUUACAGUCUACUGAUGCUAGGGACGUCGUUAAUGCGCUCGCUCCAAUCGCGACCGAUAGAACCUAUUGGGAGCAAACUAUAGCGGGGCAUGAGAUAGACAGCUCUUUGGACGUCUACCAGUUGUUUGUUGAUUAUUGUGUCAACAAGUCCGGGUCUCUUGACAUUAUAUGCCGGCCAUGGGCGCCUCAAACUGAGACAUUACCAUCCUGGAUCUCCAGGACAGAUGCGCUCCCGUUUGUGUCUGACAAAAGUGGAAGGCAGAAUGGUGAAGUAUUUGUUGGCUAUCCGUUUCGUAAGCGAUAUGAUGCUUCUAGGGCUGCAAUCUUGAAAUCUAAGCAUGUGGCCAUCUUUGGGCAGCCGUCACCACAUGGCGUGUGGCAUCUCGAUGGUUCCAUUACUGUGUCUGGCUUUAUUAUCAACCAAAUCAACGAAAGGACCGAGCAUGCGAUACGGAUGGGCACACUUCCACCCGAUUGGAUCCGACUAAGCGGCGGGAAACGUCGGGAAGACGGCUCAUCGUGCGCAAAUGACAAUCUGUGGCGUACGCUUGUAGCAGACAGAGGACCGGAUGGGAUUCCUGCUCCGUUAUGGUACGGUCAGGCAUGCCAGUACUGGUUGGACAUUAGCAACGGAAAGAGCAUAGACAUGCGUAUCAUCAAAGGCAAGCAGCACCCAACCAUGGCAUUGGAGUACAUCAAGCGAGUCAGAUCAGUCAUUUGGAAUAGGGUCAUGUUCGUAACCAAAGGGUUCUCAGGCAGUCGACUCCUUGGACUUGGACCCGCGAAAGCCCAGAUAGGCGAUACAAUCUGUAUUCUACAUGGCUGCUCCGUCCCUGUUCUUUUGCGGCAGCUGGGGACCCAGGAUAUCUGGGAAAUUGUAGGAGAGUGCUUUGUGUACUCCCUCAUGGAUGGAGAAGCAAUGAGUGUCGACAAUAUCAAGGCCACCCGGGAAUUCGUGAUUAAAUGA